GCGCUGCGAGCUCGCCCCAGCCCCGGGGCCGCUCAGAUCCGGGCGCGUCUGUCCCGCUGCUGCCCAGCGGGCACUGCCAGGGGCAGGGCUGCCGCGAGCUGCCCCUUCCAGCCGGGGCUCCCUGAUCCCCCAGCCCGGCUCUUCGGCGGAGACUCCCGGAGCGUCUCGAGGCGGAGACCGAGCCAGGAGCUACUGACCCGCGGGGCGCACCUGCUCCUGGGGGCCGGUCCCCGGGGCCAGCGCGAGCGGGGAUCCUGGCAGGGCAGCCGGGCACCGCGGUCUGCUGCGCCUGAGGGCCAUGAGCUGUUCUCAACAUCUGGAGAGCCAAAGGAGCAGCCCCUCAUCCUCAGGACUUCAGCACUUAUAGAGGACCCUGCUGUGCCAAGAAGAGCCUUGCUGAAAGGAGCCCACCACCAGGAAAAGACCAAAGGCUGCAGCCUCCUGUAGCCCCACCCAGGGUCUCUUGGGGCUCUCCCAAGGUCUUUAGCUGCAGCAGAAGGUCCUGGCAGGAUUUCUUCACUGGGGGCCAUGUCCAGAAUUGGAUGAGUCACCACAGACACUGCAGCACCGUGAAUAGGAUUUCAUGACACCUUAGCUCGGCCGGGGCAGUUCCAUCAUUCCAGCGUGAAACUUCUGGGCCAGAGCCAUCAUCUUCUUCCUCCGCCGGGGAGACUGCCUGAGGUUGCAUGGCAAGGCCGUGAAGGUCAGUCAAGACGUGCAUGACUGGAAAGCAAAGGAGAGGACGACGCCCAUUGAGCUUCUGGCAGCCAAUUGGCCUGCAUCCUGACACCAUCUGACUUGGGUGAGAGAUAGGAUGAUAGCUGGGGAGGUGAGCAUGCAUAGCCCAAUUCUGGCCUGCUGGCAGCCUAUCCUCCUCCUGAUGCUGGGAUCCGUCCUCUCCGGCUCUGCCACGGGCUGCCCGCCCCGCUGCGAGUGCUCUGCCCAGGAGCGCUCGGUGCUGUGCCAUCGAAAGCGAUUCAUCGCCGUCCCCGAGGGGAUCCCCACUGAGACCCGGCUCCUGGACUUGGGUAAGAACCGAAUCAAGACUCUCAAUCAGGAUGAAUUUGCCAACUACCCUCACUUGGAGGAACUGGAGUUAAACGAGAACAUUAUCAGUGCCAUUGAGCCUGGGGCUUUCAACAACCUCUUCAACCUCAGGACUCUGGGUCUCAGGAGUAACCGACUCAAGCUCAUCCCCUUGGGGGUGUUUACCGGACUGAGCAAUCUUACCAAGCUAGACAUUAGUGAGAACAAAAUUGUGAUCCUCCUAGACUACAUGUUCCAGGACUUGUACAACCUGAAGUCUUUGGAGGUUGGGGACAAUGACCUGGUCUAUAUCUCCCACCGGGCCUUUAGUGGCCUCAACAGCUUGGAGCAGCUGACGCUGGAGAAAUGCAACUUGACCUCUAUCCCCACGGAGGCGCUGUCUCACUUGCACGGCUUGAUUGUGCUGAGGCUGCGCCACCUGAACAUCAAUGCCAUCAGGGAUUACUCAUUUAGGAGGCUCUACAGGCUUAAGGUCCUUGAGAUCUCCCAUUGGCCCUAUCUGGAUACCAUGACGUCCAACUGCCUCUAUGGACUGAACCUGACGUCCUUGUCCAUCACCCACUGCAAUCUGACUUCCAUCCCUUAUGUCUCUGUCAGGCACUUAGUUUAUCUCAGGUUCCUGAACCUGUCCUACAACCCCAUCCUCACCAUUGAGGGCUCCAUGCUGCACGACCUGCUUCGGCUGCAGGAGAUCCAGCUGGUGGGUGGGCAGCUCACCACCGUGGAGCCCUAUGCCUUCAGAGGCCUCAACUACUUGCGCAUCUUGAACGUCUCCGGGAACCUGCUGACUACACUGGAGGAAUCAGCCUUCCAUUCGGUGGGGAACCUGGAGACGCUCAUUUUGGAUAAUAACCCUUUGGCCUGCGACUGCCGGCUGCUUUGGGUUUUCCGACGCCGCUGGAGGUUGAACUUCAACAAGCAGCAGCCCACCUGCUCCACCCCUGAGUUCGUCCAGGGGAAGGAGUUCAAGGACUUCCCCGACGUGCUCCUGCCCAACUAUUUCACCUGCCGCCGGGCGCGCAUACGGGACCGUAAGCCGCAGCAGAUCUUUGUGGAUGAGGGCCAUACGGUACAUUUUAUCUGCCGGGCAGAUGGGGAUCCGCCCCCCACGAUCAUGUGGCUCUCUCCCAGAAAGCACCUCAUCUCUACCAAAACCAGUGGGCGGCUCACCGUCUUUCCCGACGGCACUCUGGAGGUGCGCUAUGCCCAGAUCCAGGACAAUGGCACCUACCUAUGCAUCGCCAGCAAUGCGGGUGGCAAUGACACCAUGCUGGCGCACCUUCACGUGCGGAGCUACUCCCCAGAUUGGCCCCACCAGCCCAACAAGACCUUUGCUUUCAUCUCCAACCAACCCAACGAGAGUGAUGCCAACAGCACGCGUGCCACCGUGCCUUUCCCCUUUGACAUCAAGACUCUGAUCAUCGCCACCACCAUGGGAUUCAUCUCCUUCCUGGGCGUGGUGCUAUUCUGUCUGGUGCUUCUCUUCCUGUGGAGCCGGGGGAAAGGCAACACAAAGCACAACAUCGAGAUCGAGUAUGUGCCACGCAAGUCUGACGCCGGCAUCAGCUCUGCUGAUGCGCCGCGCAAGUUCAACAUGAAAAUGAUCUAACCCGAAGCAAUUUGCAAAUAAUAAAGUUUUUUUAAAAACAAAACAAAAGAAGAACGUUGCUACAAACAUACCGACCUCUCUCCUCCUCUGAACCACCCCUCCCCUCUUGUUCUAACCCCGCCUCUCCGCACCACCACCUCUUCCACCUCUUUAUACCAGGAGAACAUUCUGCUGAUGUCUCCAGGACUCCCAUGUUUGUAAGGAAGUAGUCUGACGGACGCCGGUGUCAGAUCUAAUGAUGAGAGGGGAAAACAAACAAACAAACAAAAAAAAAAUUAAAAAAAAUAAAUCAAUAAAAAGUUACGAACUUUCCUCUGUAACUUUGAUUUAAAUAAUUAUGGAUUUUUAUGAAAAAAGUUGAAAUAAAAAAAACAACCUCCCUAUUUCCUAUA